GCUUUCGAUAGUCCACUUCACUCGUCCAGAGUAAACUCGGAUCAAUAGGGAUUCACAUGUCUCGAAAGGAAUGAUAUAACUGUUUCGGUGAUACGCAGGCUGUGAAACGUGCAAAUUAGUGAUACGCAACCGUCGGGUAUACCGCCAAUAUGAUGCACACAUCGCAAUGAAAGGAACUCUUUGUGUCUUGGUCUGCGACCACCACAUUCGUUCUCCCCUCGCCUCAAUCUUUUUCGUUUCUUUCACUUCUUUCUGGGGCUGGAUCCCUCUGUAGUUUACUUCACGAUCAUUUCAGCUACGCUACGACACUUGAUUGCUUCAACGAACCUAUUUACCCUGACUUACGGCCCCCGCUUGCUUUCUGGUUGCUCAACGGAUCUUGGCAGAAGAGCACUUUACGACAGCAGAAGCGACUAUUCACGAUAGAUGGCCGACACAAGUGUCAUCCUACUUCCUAAUGGCGAGAACUUCCUCUUGAGGGUGGGUUACAGCAAUGCUGAAGGCGGAGGGGUAUUGGCUCUCGUUAUCAUCUCAUGUUUCUCUAUGAUUGCAGUGGUCGGACUGCUAUUCGCUAUUGCGCUCUCAGCAUGGAACACUCGGAAAUCCGUCAACCCGAACAUGUUCGUCCGUAGCCACGCAGCUGCAUAUCUGAUAUCAUUGUUGCUCUGUGACUUAAUGCAAGCUAUUGGCUCCAUCAUGAACGCUGAAUGGUACAUGAAAAACGCGGUAGAAUUCAAUACAAUGUGCGUGGCUCAAGGUGCGAUUAAACAUGUGGCCGACGUCGGAACCGCUAUCUGGUCCUUGAUCAUUGCAUUACACACGUUCUGGAUUCUCUUCCUUCGUCUCGAGACGCGUCGAUAUAUUCUCAUUUUCACCCUUGUGGGCGGCUGGUCUGCGGUUGGUACAAUCGUAAUUGCCGGACCUGCUGCACUGAAUACCACGCAUAAUGGGCCGUUCUUUGGCAUCUCUGGUUACUGGUGCUGGAUAUCCGAACACUACUACGUUCCUCGAAUAACAUUGGACUAUAUGUUUUUGUUCGCCUCAGCCCUCUUUAGCUUCGUUCUCUACGCGAUGAUAUUCUUCCGCCUUCGAGGGAACAUACAAGUGAAGGGAGGGAAGCUCACAAUUAAGCGACACUGUGAUAUUCAAUUACAAGGCAAGGAGUCGACGGAUAGUUCAAUCAUUUCUGUGGCGAAGAUGAUGCUCUUAUAUCCGGUCGCAUACACAAUCAUGAUCCUGCCCAUUGCGAUUUGUCGUUUUGCGGAUUGGUCAGGCCAUGAGGUCCCUUUCGCAGCCACAAUCUUCAGCGAUUCAAUCUUCCUCUUAUCUGGUCUUGUCAACGUUGUGCUGUUCACAACUACCCGUCGGGUCCUUCCUCCGCACAGUGUCAUUCCUCGUCGAUUUUCCCGCAGUUCCAGCACCAAGAGCUCGAGCACGGGUAGUUCCAGAACCAUGGUGAUAGACGAGGACGACGACCUGGAGAAGUUCAAAUAUAAGGCUCAGUCCACCUACAUUGACCAUCAUGCGAACUGGACAGGCAGAGAAACCGGCAUGUUGAAGACCGUAAGCAGUCCAGACGACGACGCCGGCUCCACAUCAUCAUACCCCAACCAAUCAACCGAAUCUUUGCCAUACCUUGCACCAGUGCACAUGCCAGCGCACAUGCCCGUUCCUCACCAGCUACCUCAUGCGCCAGCGAAACCUUCACCGAAUGAAGAUAGGUUUGAGCGCAUUUCACUAGAUAACGCGAGUAGGGGCGGAUCGUCUUCAUAUUGGCAUUCGCACGAUCAUGAGCAUCCACGCGAUAGGCCGGAACCAUCUAGUCCGAUUGUGGCGACCGAGCAGGUUGCUCUCAGCUAUAGUUAGGCGUUAGCAAGUAAUGUAUAUUGUAAUGUUCUCAACUUUCUCAUGCUAGCGCCCAUGAUGCUGAGCAUCGGCGUAUCGCCUCGGUGUUCAUACAUGUAAUAUAGGAAGCCGGAUUACUAUCUUUGAGUACCUCGG